ACGGUUGAAAGGUGAGAGUUCACACCCUUCAGGCUGAAAGGAUGAUGGCGGUGGAGGUUGUCGUCUCCCGGUUCUUGUGUUUCCUGCUGGCUCUCAGACUGGGCGCCGGCUCAGAAGCAGAGGGUGUCGGAGAGAAGUUUAAAAUCGAGGGUCGGGCGGUAGUACCCGGCGUCAGGCCGCAGGAUUGGAUCCACACGGCGCGGGUGUUGGUGGAGGGAGAGGAGCAUGUCGGCUUCUUCAAGACAGAUGGAACUUUCACUGUAAAUGAUGUUCCUUCUGGUUCAUACGUCGUGGAAAUAGUAUCACCAGCCUAUCGCUUUGAACCUGUGCGAGUGGACAUAACCUCCAAAGGUAAAAUCAGAGCAAGGCAUGUGAACUAUUUAAAGGCAUCUGAAGUUAUUAGGUUGCCAUAUCCCAUACAAAUCAAAUCUUCUGGCCCUCCGCCAUAUUUUCUGAAGAGAGAAACAUGGGGCUGGACAGAUUUCCUCAUGAAUCCUAUGCAUUUAUUGCCCUUGAAGGUGGUGGUGAGCUACCUCUUUGAACAGCUACAGUCCGUGCAUAAUGCAUUCCAUCAUGUGGAACAUAAUGUCAACAUAUUUGUUUCAUGUAUUUGGGUCAUGAUGAUGAUUCUUCCUUUGCUAAUCAUCCUCCUGCUGCCUAAAGUGGUCAACACAAAUGACCCUGAGAUGAGGCGGGAGAUGGAGCAGUCCAUGAACAUGCUAAACCCAAACCAUGAAUUGCCAGAUGUUUCAGAGUUCAUGACCCGCCUUUUCUCUUCCAAGUCAUCUAAAUCUGGAAGUGGCAGCAAGGCUGGCAAAAGUGGUGCUCUGAAAAGGAGGUAGUCUUUGCUUCAGCGAGUCGUUCAAGGUUAUUACAUGCACAAAAUACCAGUUUAUGCUCUUAAAAAAAAUUAAAAUCGCCAGUAGAAUAAAUACUGAGAGCUUCUUACAAAGAAAAGUAAAAUUUGAAAAAAAGCAUACUUGGCUCCUUGAAGGCAAAGGGCUCGGUAUUUAUGUAUAUAUGGAAACAUCAAAACUUCUGUGUGCUUGCAGUGACUAGUAUAUUCUGGAGACUUUCUUAUUUAAUUGAGUGUAACUCCAAAUAAUAUUCCAGUUUAUUUACUGCCACUUUUGGUAAGUAUUUUUUAAUACAUUCACAGUGUGUUCAAGGGAUUAAAGUAAUAUAAAACCAAAAUUUUUCAAAUCUCUGUUCAAUUUCUCAAGCAUGAGGCAAUGGUAUGUCUCAAAUUAAUGAAAAUAUAUUCAAGAUAACUUGUUCUGAGCUAUGUAUAUUUCAAGUGCGCAUAAUAAAGUAAUACAGAUAAA